CCACCGGAAGCGAAGAUACUGUGCGGGAGGACCCGGAUGUACUGGGCGCAAACCUCCACAGGAAGGACUCAGACUCCCGCCACAGGGCUGCGACCCCGUCGUUGGCCCUCUGCUCACACAGGGCGGCGGCGUCUUUGGAGUCUUCAUCGUGUUGGUCCUUCCAGCACCUUUAUGGCUUAUUUACUUGAGGACAGGAUGCAACAGUGGGGCUGCCGGGAGACUUGUGAGACGCGGAGAGGCAGAUGGCCUCCAGAUGGUGGAAUCCCGCUACCAGACCGACAAUGCGGGCUGACCCUCUAAAAGCGCCACGCCAAGUCCUCCAGCCUGUGUCUGCCGUUCUUCCCUCCGCAGAGCACCUCAUUUAAAGAGCCUGACAAUCUGGAAGGCUUGUUUUCCUUGCUCUCAGAACUUUAUAAUGUGGACUCCCAGCAAAAGAGAAAACCUCGUGAAACAGUCACCCACUUGUUUUAGGACACUUGGAAGAGAGGAGCCUCUGGAGACGUGCUCUCCCUGAGGUGAAAGCAUAUCUUUGAUGCUUUUCAGAGGGAGCUGCCUGACGUAACGUCCCUGAGAGCAAAUUCAGAUGAUUUUGUAAAUAAUCAGCCAGAGGAAGGCAAGUCUCUGGCGACAAGACCAGCCAGAAGCAGAAGCCUCUGCUCUAGAUGAAAACCAACAGAAGAAUUAAAUUGUGAAAAGAUGGCAAAUUCUGAAAGAACUGAAGAAAUUCAAGAAAAUUAUCUGAGAAACGGAAAACUACAAGAGCUCCCCAAAGUAAGAAAACAAAUUGUUGGACCUAUUGAGAUAUUUCGCUUUGCUGACAGACUGGACAUCACACUCAUGAUCCUGGGAUUACUGGCAUCACUGGUAAACGGAGCGUGUCUUCCUGUAAUGUCACUGAUUUUAGGAGAAAUGAGUGAUAACCUUAUUAGUGGAUGUCUAGUCAAAACCAAUACAACAAAUCACCAGAAUUGUACUCAGUCUCAAGAGAAGCUGAAUGAAGAUAUUACUGUGUUGACCCUAUAUUAUAUUGGAAUUGGAGUUACUGCCUUGGUUUUUGGCUACAUGCAGAUUUCCUUUUGGGUUAUGACUGCAGCACGACAGACCAAAAGAAUUCGAAAACAGUUUUUCCAUUCAAUUUUGGCACAGGACAUCAGCUGGUUUGAUGGUUGUGACACUGGUGAACUUAACACUCGUAUGACUGAUGACAUCAACAAAAUCAAUGAUGGUAUUGGAGACAAGAUUGCUCUGUUGUUUCAAAACAUGUCUACUUUUUCUAUUGGCCUGGCGAUUGGUUUGGUCAAGGGCUGGAAAUUCACCCUGGUGACUCUCUCCACCUCACCUCUUAUAAUUGCUUCAGCAGCCAUGUUUUCUAGGAUAAUGAUCUCAUUGUCCAGUAAGGAAUUAAAUGCCUAUUCCAAAGCUGGGGCUGUGGCAGAAGAAGUCUUGUCAUCCAUCCGAACAGUUGUAGCCUUUGGAGCCCAGGAAAAAGAAAUUCAAAGGUAUACACAGAAUCUAAAAGAUGCAAAGGAUGUUGGCAUAAGAAAGGCUAUAGCUUCAAAACUCUCUCUUGGUGCAGUGUACUUCUUUAUGAAUGGAACCUAUGGACUUGCUUUUUGGUAUGGCACCUCCUUAAUUCUUAGUGGAGAACCUGGUUAUACCAUCGGAACUGUUCUUGCUGUUUUUUUUAGUGUAAUCCAUAGUAGCUACUGCAUUGGAACAGCAGCCCCUAGCUUUGAAACCUUCACUAUAGCCAGGGGAGCUGCCUUUAAUAUUUUCCAGGUUAUUGACAAGAAACCUGCUAUAGAUAAUUUUUCAACACCAGGAUAUAAACCAGAAUGCAUAGAAGGAACUGUGGAAUUUAAAAAUGUUUCUUUCAGUUAUCCAUCAAGACCAUCUAUCAAGAUCCUAAAAGGUCUGAAUCUCAAAAUUAAGUCUGGAGAGACAGUAGCCUUGGUUGGCCCCAACGGCAGUGGGAAGAGUACUGCAGUCCAGCUUCUUCAGAGGUUAUAUGAUCCUGACAACGGCUUUAUCACAGUAGAUGGGAAUGACAUCAGAACUUUAAAUGUUCAGUAUUAUCCAGAACAUAUUGGAGUGGUCAGCCAAGAGCCUGUUUUGUUUGGGACCACCAUUAAUAAUAAUAUUAAAUAUGGACGAGGUGGUGUGACCGAUGAAGAGAUUGAGAAAGCAGCAAAGGAAGCAAAUGCUUAUGAUUUUGUAAUGGAGUUUCCCAAUAAAUUUAAUACCUUGGUAGGAGAAAAAGGAGCACAAAUGAGUGGAGGACAGAAACAGAGAAUCGCAAUUGCUCAAGCUUUAGUUAGAAACCCAAAGAUCCUGAUCUUAGAUGAGGCUACAUCUGCCCUAGAUACAGAAAGUGAAUCAGUUGUUCAAGCUGCAUUGGAGAAGGCAAGCAAAGGUCGAACUACAAUUGUCAUAGCACACCGACUUUCCACUAUUCGAAGUGCAGAUCUGAUUGUGACCAUAAAAGAUGGGAUGGUGGCAGAAAAAGGAAUACAUGCUGAAUUAAUGGCAAAACAAGGUGUAUAUUAUUCACUUGUAAUGUCACAGGAUAUUAAAAAAGCUGAUGAACAGAUGGGACCAAUGGCAUAUUCUACUGAAAAAAAUACCAACUCAGUUUCUCUGUGCUCUAUGAGUAACAUCAAGUCAGACUUUACUGGCAAGUCUGAGGAAUCCAUCCAAUAUAAAGAGACAAGUCUUCCUGAAGUUUCUAUGUUAAAAAUUUUUAAAUUAAACAAGUCUGAAUGGCUUUCUGUGGUCCUGGGGACAUUGGCUUCUAUUCUAAAUGGAGCUGUUCAUCCAGUAUUUUCCAUCAUCUUUGCAAAAAUCAUAACUAUGUUUGAAAAUGAUGAUAAAACCACAUUAAAGCAUGAUUCAGAGAUUUAUUUCAUGAUAUUUGUCAUUUUGGGUGUUAUUUGCUUUGUCAGUUAUUUCAUUCAGGGAUUAUUUUAUGGCAGAGCAGGGGAAAUUUUAACCAUGAGAUUAAGACGUUUGGCAUUUAAAGCCAUGUUAUAUCAGGAUAUUUCCUGGUUUGAUGAUAAGGAAAACAGCACAGGAGCCUUGACAACAAUAUUAGCCAUGGAUAUAGCACAAAUCCAAGGAGUAACAGGUUCAAGGAUUGGUGUCUUAACACAAAAUGCAACUAACAUGGGACUGUCAGUUAUCAUUUCCUUCAUAUAUGGAUGGGAGAUGACACUCUUGAUUCUGAGUAUUGCUCCAAUACUUGCUCUGACAGGAAUGAUUGAAGCCACAGCUAUGACUGGAUUUGCCAAUAAGGAUAAGCAAGAAUUUAAGCGUGCUGGGAAGGUAGCAACUGAAGCUGUGGGAAAUAUUCGGACUAUAGUGUCAUUAACAAGGGAAAAAGCCUUUGAGCGAACAUAUGAGGAGAUGCUUCAGACACAGCACAGAAAUACUUUGAAGAAAGCACAGAUCGUUGGAAGCUGUUAUGCAUUCAGCCAUGCUUUUGUAUAUUUCGCCUAUGCAGUGGGGUUUCGAUUUGGAGUCUAUUUAAUUCAAGCUGGACGAAUGACCCCAGAGGGCAUGUUCAUAGUUUUUACUGCAAUUGCAUAUGGAGCUAUGGCCAUUGGAGAAACACUUGUUUUGGUACCUGAAUAUUCAAGAGCCAAAUCUGGGGCUGCACAUCUGUUUGCUUUGUUGGAAAAGAAACCAACUAUAGACAGCUAUAGUCAAGAAGGGAAAACACCAGAUACAUGUGAAGGGAAUAUAGAGUUUCGAGAGGUCUCUUUUUCCUAUCCAUGUCACCAGGAUGUUCUCAUCCUUUGUGGCUUAUCCCUAAGUAUUGAGAAAGGAAAGACAGUAGCAUUUGUUGGAAGCAGUGGCUGUGGAAAAAGCACUUCUGUCCACCUUCUGCAGAGAUUUUAUGACCCUAUGAAAGGACAAGUGCUAUUCGAUGGUGUGGAUGCAAAGGAACUGAGUGUACAGUGGCUCCGUUCCCAAAUAGCCAUCGUUUCUCAAGAGCCUGUACUCUUCGACCGUAGCAUUGCUGAGAACAUUGCCUAUGGUGAUAACAGCCGUGUUGUGCCACUCGAUGAAAUAAAAGAAGUAGCAGAUGCAGCAAAUAUCCACUCUUUUAUUGAGGGUCUCCCUGCGAAAUACAACACACACAUUGGACUAAAAGGAACACAGCUUUCUGGAGGCCAGAAACAAAGGCUAGCUAUUGCAAGGGCUCUUCUCCGGAAACCAAAAAUUUUAUUGUUGGACAAGGCCACUUCAGCCCUUGAUAAUGAGAGUGAAAAGGUGGUUCAGCACGCCCUUGAUAAGGCCAGCCAGGGGAGGACUUGCCUAGUGGUUGCUCACAGACUGUCCACAAUACAGAAUGCAGAUUUGAUAGUAGUUCUGCAAAAUGGAAAAAUAAAGGAACAGGGAACUCAUCAAGAGCUCCUGAGAAAUCGAGAUAUAUAUUUUAAAUUAGUAAAUGCACAGUCAGUGCAGUGAUACUGUUAGAAUUAGCAUAUAUUUUGAUCUUUGUGUAAUGCAAAGAAAGAAUACUUAGUAAUUAUUUGGCCUGCUUUGAUCUCUUUUAUUACAUAUAUCAAUAACUAGAAUCAUGUUAUUCAAGUACAGACAUGUUCUGUGUACACACCAUCUUCUCUUCAGAUUUUUUAAAGGAAACAAAAAUUUGCUAAACUCAUGUAAGUGAGAUAAUGCCUGCAACCCUCCUUUAUAAAAAUGUUGUCACAUUUGCUUAUAAAACAGUUUUCUGCAAAGUCAACCUAUUUUCCUAUCAACUUCUACUAUAAAACUGGGAAUAUAUUCCAAGAGGGAAAAAAUUAUCCAGUUAACUUAAAUUGAAAGAUUUUAGUAAAGAGAAAGAUGUCGUUGGGCCAGACAUUGUAGAGAGAAUGAUUAUAAUUUGGAACUUUCAGCAUUUUGCAGCACAUAUCAAAGUACUUUGAGUGAGUCCUGUUCUCCAAACCAUAGGACUUUCUCUCAUAAUCUCUCUCUCAAUGUUUCUCUUAAUGAAUAUCCACUGUUUCCCAAAACUCCAUUAUAUCCCUUUGUUAGGGGGAUAAGAAGGACUACAAUGUAAAAUUCCCAGCAGGAUUAGGUAGUUAUCUUCUAGUUUGCCAGUAAGUGAAAUGCUUCACAUGAUCCAUUCUGAAGAUUUCAUUAUUCCAAGCUUUGAGUUUUGCAGAAUAAAUUAUAGGCAUACCAGUAUAUGACCACUUAUUAAAAUAAAAGCUAGUUUUAUUAUGGGUGAAAAAUUUUAAAAGCCAUUUUCUAUUAUUCAAUCAAGUAAUUUUCUUAAAUUUUAUAUGUACUUCAUUUUAUGUAAUGUAUGUAUUAUCUAAAAGUUAAGUGUAAAUAACAGUAUUGGUAGACUGAGUCACAUUUUCUCUUUACUUAAAUAUGUAAUUUCAUCUAGUGAUUUUAUCUCUAUUUUUAAUUGUAUUUUCUUCCAUUUAUUGACACAGCCACCUUCUCUAAAGUACACAAUGCCAAUGAUCAGAAGUAUUAUAAAAAAAAACUGAAACCA